CUUGAAACCACGUGACAGGCAGGGCCGGUUUCAGUUGGCUACGACGGCUUCACAACGUUCAACAACGGCGCGGAGAGUCACGUGACUUCUGCUGCUGCUGCUGCUGGCUGAGCGAAGCGUGUUAGCAGAUUUUUUCUAUUUUGUACAUACAUUGUUUUGUAUAUACUGUAUAUGAUGACUUCUGUGGUCAGCAAUCAAGCACGGGGGACUCGGGACAGAACGCUGCCCACUACCGCACAGACAACACAGCCACAAAAACAGAUACAGGCAACAGCGGAACAGAUUCGUUUGGCUCAAAUGAUCUACGACAAAAAUGACGCCAUCUUUGAGGGCAAAGUCAAACAGCUGAUCGAGGUCACCGGCAAGACUCAAGACGAGUGCAUGGUCGCCCUCCACGACUGCAACGAGGACGUAAACAGAGCUAUCAACUUCCUGCUGGAGAGCACCUCAGAUGCAGUGAACUCGUGGGAGACCGUCGGGAAGAAGCGCAGCCUCGGCAAAGAAGGAGGCCCCUCGGAGGUAAAGGAGAGCCGAGAAAAGAAGGGAGGAGAGCGGGAGGCCAGUCGAGGGCGGGGGGGUCCCAACAAGAGGGGUCGCGGUAUCAGCCGCGGCCGUGAAGGUCGUGCCGAGGAGAAUGGUCUCGAGGUGGCGCCAGGAGAAAAGGGAGGGGACCGUGGACGCAGGGGGCGGGGCAGAGGGGCCGGUGGUCGAGGCAGAGGAGGAAGAGCAGCUGUAGGCGGCAGGUUCUCCCAGGGAAUGGGCACCUUCAAUCCUGCCGACUAUGCCGCCAACGCUGCCGGUCGCCACGAGACUUGGGACGGUGACGCCAACGAGCCUGCUGAGGCAACCGCAACAUGGGGAGGCAACUCGGAAGACUGGACUUCAGAAGACUGGAAUGAAGACUUGUCCGAGACCAAAGUAUUCACUUCCUCUUCCACUCCAGGAAACCACAUCCCGCAUGGACAGAAUGUGGACCUAGCGAGCCUCUUGCCAAAGUCUGGGGGCGGUUCUGUGGAGUCAGACCUGGUCGAUGGGCCUGAGGAUCUGGGCCAAAGCCUGGUCUUCACCAACUCCCACCACAAUGGACGCACAGCAACGCACAGCUAUGCCCACGCCACAGCCAACAGUUACGCCCACGCCGCCUCUGCUAGCACAACUUAUGCACAUGCCGCACUGUCCUCAGUCCUGGGCUCCGGAUUUGGGUCUCUGAGUGCACCAAAGCCGGCGCCCGCAUCGGACACCAGGACAGCAGAGCAGCUCAACGGGCCACGGCUCGGUCAGAGAGCAGGUCAGACUUCGGCCGCCCCCACCAGCAAUGGUAGCGUUUCCAAAGAUGCAGUGCCGCCCGCGGUACCAAGCCCCACUCCUCCCUCCGCCACCUCGAUGGAAAUCAAACCUCAGAGACUGGACAACGGACCUGCUGCUGGCCUCCACAUAGUGGAGAUGAAGCUUCAGCCCGAACCGUCAGCGGUGCUCAGCCAGCUAGCGCAGAGGUACCAACAAUCAUCCAUCCUCCCCGCCUCAGAUCCUCUGGGUCUGUCUCAUCCGCAUGCCCCUCAAGUGCCCACACCACCAGGUCACGAGUCCUCAAUCCUUCCUGUAAGAGAUGGGGCCUCUCCAGGAUUGAAGCUGCCUGGCGUGGAUCCGCCCAUCACUGAACCUCCCAUGCGACAGCUCAGGGCACAGAAGCGCAGAGUGCCGCCUCCUUCCAAGAUCCCCUCGUCAGCAGUGGAGAUGCCGGGCUCGGCCGACGUUUCGGGCCUUAACGUUCAGUUUGGAGCUCUGGACUUUGGUUCCGAGACCGGUACUGGGACAGUGGAUGUGGCCCAGAAGGAGCAAACUCCUGCACCUCUGGUGGCCAUGGCUGCCCCCCCACAGCAGCCACAGAGCAGCCUGUUUUCCAAGCCUCCUGUAUCUGUCAGCGAACACAUGAGCACCCUGCCCACCCUUCCUUCCGCCUUGCCGGAGUCCAGCUUCCCCUCGCCGUCCUUGGGCUUGCCCAGUGUCACGCCCUCCCCGUCCCUGGGUCUACCCGGUGCGUCCGCUCCGCCCUCCACCACGGCUACGACACCGAGCAAGCACGUCGAGAGCGCCGGUCUUCGAUCCCUGCCGCCGCACUUGGGCUUCUCUCAGAACAAAGAGAGCCCUGCAUCUGCUGCUGUACCUCUCACAAAUGGUUACUGUGGCAUGAAGGCGCAGAGCACACAGGAUGCUACACAAUCGCCCAGAACUGUGAAAACGGAGUCUCCAAUCAUGUCCAGUGACAGCGGCCCCGCGCAUCACACACCUUCCCCUGCAGCCACUACCUCCCACUCGGCGCCCAUUCCCUCACUCAACAGCCAUGUGAGCAGUUCUCACUCAACUGGACCGACCCACACUACAAGCUCCUCCCUCACGACGAAUAACGAGGAGAGCGCCAGCAAUCUCCACGGCUUCUCCACGUCGUCCAACCAGCCUCUCAAUGCAACCAAUCCCUCCUCGGCUCCCAUGGCUAUCAGCAGUUCAAGCGGCAAUGUCCCGCACCUGUCUGGAGCGCCAGGCCUGACCUCUAACGGUACAAAUGGCCCACCGUCGGCUGCCAACAGCCGCACGGCAACCCUGCUCACCACCACUUCUGGUAAAGCUCCUCCCAACUUGGCCCAAGGAGUGCCCCCUCUGCUGGCCAGUCAGUACAUAAUGGGCCCCGGUGGCUUGCUCCCCGCUUAUCCGCAGAUCUACGGCUACGAGGACCUGCAAAUGCUGCAGUCUCGCCUUCCUAUGGACUACUAUGGUGUAACAUUCCCUGGUACUGCGGCUACCAUGCCUGGAAGAGACGGCCUUGCCAGUAAUCCCUACACAGGAGAGGCCACAAAGUUCGGCAGGAAUGACUCUUCAUCUCCAGCCCCGCCGACCAGCCUGUCCACAGCCGGCGUACAGUCUCAGCCCCAGCAGGCGCCCCAGGCUGGUGCACAGGGCCAGGGUCAAGGCCAGAACCAAGGGCAGCAGACUCAGAACCAGGCCUUCCUCAACCCGCCCUUGCCGCCCGGCUACGGAUACACCGGUCUGCCAUACUAUGCCGGCAUGCCGGGGGUGCCCUCGGCCUUCCAGUAUGGCCCCACCGUCUUUGUGCCUCCGACUUCAGCCAAGCAACCCGCAAUGGGCCUGGCUAACCCCUCCAGUCAGUACCACCAACAGCAUCAGCCCACUUAUGGACAGCAUGCGUACGGCACAGCCUUUGAUGACCUGUCUCAAGCCCACGGUGGGGAGUACAGUAAGGGAGGGUACGGAGGCUCUGCCCAGUCUCAGGCCAAGGCGGCGGGCAGCGGCCCAGGGAAAGCACCAGGGAUGUCGGGAUCAGGCACCAGUGGAGUACCCGACAUGAGCGCAUCAAUCUACAGUAAAACACAGUCGUUUGACAAGCAGGGCUUCCACACGGGGACACCGCCCCCCUUCAGCCUGCCUUCGGCCCUCGGAGGAACGGGGCCCAUGAACCCCGGGGGUGCCCCGGGUUUCGCUCCCGCUCCCUUCCUGCACAUCCUGCCUCAUCAACAGCCCCACUCGCAGCUGUUACACCACCACCUCACACAGGACACGCAGGGUGGCCCAGGUCAACGCAGUCAGUCCAGCAGCAUGCAGCAGAAAAGCCAAGGGAGCAAGUCCAGUUACGGCAGCUCCCACUACUGGGGAAACUGAGGAAUUGCCCCCCCCAAAUCAUGACCCCCCUCCCCAUUUCCCUCUUUCCUUUUGUUCAAAAGGCUGUGUGUCUGUUUGCGGAAAGGGAAAAGAAAACCAAGAAAAAGACACAUUUACUCCCUCAACGAGCAACCGUAGGUGCCCUGGCCCCGCCCCCUUAACCACACCCCCACCUCCACAAGUCCUCAUAAGUCUUUUUGGGUUCUCUCCCUCCCCACUGCCUCCCAAUUGGUUGUACAUGUAAGAUAUUUAUGUAUGUAUUUAUAUAAAUAUAUAUAUACUGUAUAUGUAAUAGUAGAACAUGACGUGGUGGCUGCAUUUUAUUUUUUUUGAAGGACUUUUUCUGGACUUUUGUUUUGUUUCAACACAACAGGAAGAGAUGUUACAUGAAAAAGACAGUUAGCCAAACAAGAACGAGGAGAGAACGACAGCACUGAUGUUUUUGUUUUUUUUAUGAGGACUUUCCAGGUGGGGGUGGGCUUCAUGACGACUAACUGCGUUCAUUUUCUUCAUUUUCCAUUUAUAUAUAUUUUUUAUAUACAUUAUCACUCCUCUUCGGCCCCUCCCAUAAUGUCUAGGCUCCUUUUUUCCCCUCCCCUCCUCCAUUUUGUAGCUCCACGUUUUCUCCCUUGGCCCAUCAAAAUUUUAUAUUUUAAUUUAAUUUUAAUCCUCAUUGCCCUCUAAUAAAGGUUCUGAGCAGUUGGAAGUUUAA